GUCGUCUCUUUUCCAAAACAAACCUCUUUACAAAAUGGCGCCGAAUGGACCAGCUGUUGUUUACUUACAAAAGAUGCGUGUCAAAUAUUAGCGUUAUUGCGCGUGAAUUAGUGUUUUUUGUUUUUAAAAAGAGUGCAGAUUAAUGUGUGCGGAUUAAAGAAAGAUGGAAGUUACUUGUGAACAAAUUCGAAGGCAAAAAUAGAGGACAAGUGCAAAUUGUGUGAUCAUUCAAUAAGAAAAAAGUCAACAUGAAUGCAAGGACGCAGUUAUUCGAACUGAGUAUGGAGGGUCGCCAGGUGGACGAGGCAGUAGCAAGUAUUUUCCACAACGUUCUCUUUCACCGGAGUUUGGGAAAAUUUAAAUACAAACAAGAAGGCAGCUAUUCUGUGGGCACAGUUGGCUAUCAGGAUGUGGACUGUGAUUUUAUAGACUUUACAUACGUUUGCUGCUCGUCAGUUCAUCUCGAUCAAACCCUAAAACGUGAAAUCUCCGGCUUUUCCGAAGCCCUACGAUCGACAGACAGUCCCGGCUCGGGUCAAAUUUCACUGGAAUUCUUUCAGAAGAAAAAAAAUCGUUGGCCCUUUCAGCCAGAGUGUAUUCCCUGGGAAGUGUGGACUGUAAGACUUGAAUUAAUAAAAUUGUCCACCGAACAUGAGCGACAAAUUUGUAGGGAGAAAGUUGGUGAUUUACUCACGGACAAAAUAUUGUACAUUACCGAAGUAAUGAAUCGACACGAUUAUCUUCCAAAAAUGCCAAAUCAGGCGGAAUUAGACUUAAUUUUUGAUACGUCGUAUCCCGAUAUUCAACCGUAUCUUUUUAAAUUAUCAUUCACGACUUCGGGACCCUCGAGUACGACAAUGGGCAACACGAUGAAAAAACUUAUUAAGGAAACUCUGUCCAUGUAGUUAUAAUGCACCCUACGUUUUUUGAGUUUAGUCCACAAUUUUUCUUUUUUCUAGUGCAAAAGUUCUUCUUUUAUUGUGUAAAUAAUAUUCUAGAUAAAUUGCCUCUGAUAAUUUUUAUAUAAUAUAUCUUCAAAUCUUCAGGAAACAAAAGUGAAGAAAUCAUAUUUUUUCUAAAUUCAGUACUCUCACGAAUGAGUACCAAUUUUUAUAGUUCAUAGUUUUUUGAAUUACGCACGUAUUUCAAAUUUUUACACAAAAAGCAUGAUCCAAAAGUUUUGAAUGUUGAAAUUAAAUGUUCAAAAAAAUUCCUAACUUUAAAAUGAACGAGAGUUGACAGAUGUUUUUAAGUUUAACAAGAAAAUAAUUUUAAAAUCCCGUAAAAUUGUUUUUAUAGAAAUUUUUCGAGAAGAAUUCAAUGGACAGAAAAUAUUACGACUCUUUUUGAAUUUUUACCUCAAUUAAAAAUUGGUAAAUUUUGAAAUCAAUGCGUAAUAUUGUAAAAAGUAUAUUUCUGUAUUCACGAAAAAAUUUCCGAAUGAAAAGAAAUUUAUUUUACUAUUUUUUAAGCAUUUUUAUGAGAAAAAUUUUUUAUUUUCAAAU